AUGAUCGAGGAGCUCGAGCAUCGGGUCGCAAGGCUUUAUGAGCAGGGCGAUCCUCGCUGGUCGUGCCUCCUGGCGGAUUGGCUGAUCAUGGCCGGUUGUGUGCGCCACAAGCACCUGGAGCGGUCGUUUCCCGUCUGCGUUACGCAGUCAACUGCCCACAUGUGGUGUGGCCGAGGCAAGCAGGCUCAUUCCAGAUCGGGCUUCCGUUGGUCAGUGCCAGCACACUUCACUGAAGGCUUUGCGUGGGCGGAGGCCUGGGUGGAGUUUUACGGCUCCUUGUCGGCGGCGGCGCGGAAGCACUGUGGCUUGUGCUUUGACCCAGCCGGCCGGCCUUGGCAGCUGCGCCAGGUCACGAUGCUGACGCAGGAAGUCUUCAGCGGGAUGGAGCCGCCGGUCACUACCUACUCAUGGCGGAGGGUGGCGCCGUCUGUGGGUACGCUGCUCCAGUUGGAUGAGCUGAGCAUGCUGGCGCUGGGUGAUUGGCAGGAUAAGGGCAAGAUACGUGAGACCGGUGCGGCGAUGCCUUUGCACUAUAGUGGCACUCGUUAUGCUGCCAGUGUGCGGGUGAAGCACCUUGUACUCUCGGCCACGGCUCGGUGCCUGUCCUUCGACACCUGGUCAGAGGUGCCUCCAGGCCGCCUCAAUGCCGCUGAUCCAGGCCUGCGCGAAGAGGUCGGCGAGAAAGUGCGCCUCCAUGCUACAUUGGGGUCAACGGGCGAGUGUGCUCCGCUUUCCUUCGCAAUGGUGUGCGCCUUUGCCCGGCUUUUCAGUCCCAAGCCUGUCGGGCGACCAAUUGCGCGCUGGCUCACCAGUGUGCGGCCGUUCUUCGGUCAGGGCGGUCUGCGGUGCCACGACCGUCGCUUGGUCAAGCCGGGUGAUGUACCACCGGCCAUUACAGUGGCUCAAGAGGCUGCGGCGGGAGCGACCCGCCCACCUCUGCCUCGUGUUCGGCCGCCUCCUUUGCCCGUGGUGUCCACUGAGGAGGAUGAAACCGUGGAGGUCGAGGUAGAAGUGGAGGAACCGGCAGCCACACGCCCUAAGGCGAAGCCGAAGCAGAAGGCUAUGCCCAAGAAGCGCCGAGCUGUGCCCAAGGAGGAGCCUCGCCCACGGGUUCAGCUCAAGCCUCGUGCUCUCCGCCAGAGCCUUCGUUGCCAGCAACAGGGCCACCGGCGAUGCCUGCCACAACGUGGGCAACCGCCCGAGGAGGGUCGAGCCAGCCUCUUCAUCAUCCGAGCCGGCGCCUCGCCUGGUGGCUUCCUGGGUGGACAGGCCAAGGUCGUCCGGCUGCAGGGAAGGGGCCACUGCAGACGCGGGUCGUGGCCGCGGUCAGAAGAGGCCGCGUGA